GUUUCAACGUCAACAUCGCCACCUCUAAACUAUUACAUCUUGUUUUCAUACCCUAAUAUUCUGCGAUACUUUAUCGCCUGUCCGAGUCUUCGAAGGCGCUAUGCCAAAGCUUUUCCUGCCUCCCCGCAAGAUAAGCGAGCCAUCAAAAAACACCUCCGCCGCAUCUUCUACGCCUGUCGACCCUGGCACCGGUUCCUCUCUUAACAUAUCAUCCUCGUUGCCGCCUACUAAUGUUCCUGUGGUGAAUCCAAAUACCCGUAUACCCCCGGCUCCGCCGUCGAAUACCGGCGUCGUGCCACCGACUCUGGCCCUGCCAUUAUCUCCAUUAUUUGCGGAUGGGAACCCUCACGGAAAGGCUAUUACCCCCCCGACUCUCGCCAGGCCUUCUCCUGGCCAAAAUCGAAGGAAAGGCCCUCCUAGGAUUGUGGCAUGCGUCUCCUGUCACAGACAGAAGAAAAAGUGUGCGGGGGAACGGCCUUGUGCGCGCUGUGUGGCUCUCGGGGUAGCCUGUAAGGAACAAGAAAGGCCUGAUGAUGGAUUUCAGUACAUUCGGAAGAAGAAGAAGUUGAAAACCGCGAAAACCCUGGAUCCAUUACCCCAGCUUCCGCUUCACCCUCUAAACCAUCCCACCCCCUUUCCGGGUAGCUUGUGGACCUCCAUGGGCCAGCAGGCAAGUCAUGAUAGCCCGGCUUAUCAGAACCAACUUCCGUCGCCUUCGCCGUCGUUGACAAUGAUCCCGGUGGAAAUGAUGAACGUCGUGACCGAAGCCCACAAGCGGCCAGUGGUGACGUGACCCAAUGCGACGAUGACGAAUCAACUCCAACACCAACCCCAGUCUCGAUUGAAGCACCCCCUUCUCCAUCCCCCGAGCCAGACUCAGUCGCAAACCAGCCAACUUCACACCCCAUUUCUGACUAUUUUGGCACUGCUCCUGAAGCCGUCUUUGGUCCAGCUAAUCUCGACCUUGGCCUUCUCGCUGACUUGGAGGCCGACCUUGAAUUGGACCUUGAGUUGUUUGGGUCCCCUGAAAACGAGGGUUCUUCACUAGGUGGUUGCAACGCUGUUGGUACCCCAACUAUUAGCGAGCAGACUGAGAGUACAACUCAGUUGGGCGAAGGUGGGGGGGGUGAGACUGCCGGUAGCGGUGGAUUCUCUGAAUUAGAGUGGGAAGCAUGGAACAAGAAAUAUUCUUCUGCCGACGUGGCCCAUUCUUCUCCGUCCUUUCUCGAUCUCGGCGAUGGGUUCGAUUUCCUUGAGCCCCCAACUCCUAACUCACCUGCACCAAUGACUCCUGCCCAUCAACACACGCCGCAACCGCAACUGGAAGAUACCACCGUCACAAAUACUGCCCAGCAACCGACACCCGAGAAGGAGGGAGACAGACAAAGUGAGGGGGCUGCUUGAUAGGGGUUUGUAUUCCUGAAUGUUAUCCCCGUCAAAGAAGGUUAAUACGUAGCCUGGUGUGGGAAGGGGUAUCUAUUUUUCUAGAUGUUUCAGCUAUGCAAUUGGUAUGAGGUCCGAGGGGGGAAAAAUGGUAUGCCAAAGGUCUGGGGGGGAGAGGGGAGACAAAAUGGGUUGAAUGGUUAAGCUCGUCCUUCCUUGUCGUCUUCGCCUUUCGCGGCAAACCGACACUGGGGGAGGCGUAGCGGAGGGGUGAUCACCAAUCAGGUACAGUAGUCAUAGCCAGCGCAACAAAGUUUCCCUACCUUAAG